AGUAAUAUUAUUGAUGUCUUCAGCGGUAAACAUGAAAGGUGCGUUGAUGCUGUGGAUAACUUUUUUGACGUUUUGGAUGACUUGUGGAGUGACAGGUGCUCCUACUAAGUACUUGUUCACAGCACCUCGUAAUUUAUGGCAGGGAUCACGAGAAGAAUUUUGUAUAUCCUUCCAUGAUGAUAAAGACAUACAAGCUAAUUACUUAGUAACACUGUCUUUGGCUGAUGAAAGUGAUGUUGUCUUGGGAAAUGGAACUACUAAUGAGGAAGGCAGAGUAUGCCACCAUUUUAAAGUUCCUGACUUAAGUGGUAAUCAUAAACUAACUCUACAGACAGAAACAACAAGAAUUCUGGAUACAGGUUUCUCAGCUACAGUAAAGAGAGUAGAUUCUACAGAAGUGGAGAUUCAUGAAUCAGCUUUAGAGACUUUUAUACAAACUGAUAAACCUAUUUAUAAACCAGGGGAGACAGUUAAGUUCAGAGCAAUGACCAUAAACAAAGACUUGAAGCCGUGGACAGGCAUGGUGCCUUUAGUUACAGUGAAGAAUCCUGGUGAUGUCCGUGUAAUGCAAUGGUUGAAUGUAGAAAAUAAUAAAGGAUUAUUAAGCUUUGAGAUGCCUCUAUCAGAAGAUCCACCAUUAGGCGAAUGGAAGAUUACUAUGUUAGUUGAAGGAAAGGAACAUGUACAACUAUUUACAGUUGAGGAAUAUGUGUUGCCCAAAUAUGAAGUCACGAUCACAGCUCCAACAUUUUUAUUACCUACAACUGAAACUAUUCAAGGAACAGUUUGUGCCAAGUACACCUAUGGCAAACCAGUCAAAGGGAAAGUAGAAAUAUCUGUGUGUUUCCAAGAUACCAGUCCAUACUUUUACUACUACCGCAGCAGAGAUAAUUCAGAAAGACCUUGUGCCAACAGAAUAAUGGAUAUUGAUGGCUGUGAGACAUAUAUAGUAGAUGGUUCAGAACUAAUGCUAGAUUCCUCCAACUUCAGUAGAUAUGGAAACUUGAUGAUAAAUGCUACAGUCACAGAGCAUGUCACAGGCAUAUCUUUAAAUGGGACAGUCAAGGGACCAGAAAUGACAUUUGAAGCUGUCAAACUGAAAUUUGAAGAUGACACACAUGGAUAUUUUAAGGACGCAUUCCCUUAUUAUGCUAGAGUAAUAGUAACUAAGCCUGAUGGAAGUCCUGCCCCAGGAGAACUUAUUGAGAUAAAAGCUGAUAAUUAUGACCCUGAGUUUCAUCUAAAGAGAAAUUUUACAAGUGAUGAUAAUGGACUCGUAAAGUUUGCUAUCAAGACUUUACCAAAGGAUGUUAAUAGACUAAGUUUUAAUGCGAGGGCACCCAAGUACUUCCAACCUUAUGGUAGAUACCAUCAUAUUAUUAAAAUGUAUGAGCCAAGUUCUUAUCAUAAUGCUCAGAAAUGGUUCUCUCCAUCUAAUAGUUAUAUCCACAUACCAUCAGUGGAAAACAAGGUUAAAUGUGGAUCCACUUUGGAUUUAGAUGUUUUGUAUUCAACAACACUUGACACUCGGUACAAGUUCUUUGUACAGGUUUUAUCCAAGUCACAUAUGGUGCAUCAUACACAUGUUAAACAUCAUUUCAAAAGCCACGAUGCUGUAAACUUUGACAGUUUACCAGAUGACAUGUUACUUGAUCCAUACACUCCACCACCUAGACCUACAUGGUUAUAUCCCAUUGAUCCUAUACCCUAUUAUGAUGACCCUGAACUUGGCUAUAAACCAGAAGCAGAGAACACUACUAUUAGUUUAGAUGGAGUUGAAGGGACAGCAGAAGUAAAACCAGAGCCAGUACCAAGUGAAAACAAAACUAUGGGUUUGAAUCAGAAAGAGAAGCGAUCUGUUGAACUAGAUGAAGAGGAAAAAGAGGAACCUUGGUUUAUAAGAAAGAAAAGAAAUACAGAAAUAACAAAGCCUACUAUCCAGAAAUUUCCUAAUGAUAUUGCAACUUCAGAAGGGCAGACUGUAGAGUUUGUAUGUGAAGUUGCUGGAGAUUGGGGGCUACAAGUAAUUUGGAAGAAAGAGGGAGGAAAAAUCAGUCAUUUAUCUACAACUUUGACGACAAAGACUGUGGGACCUCAAUUUACAAUAGUUAAUCAAACCUUACGUAUAGAAAAUGUUACCAGACAUGAUACUGGGAUUUACAUUUGUGCUGCUCAAAAUCUAGUUGGAGAAGUGGAGGCUGUUGCCAGACUUGUUGUAAACAUUGCGCCAGAAAUUGAAAUGCUCAAUAAAAGGAUUGGCCAAUAUGCGGGAAAAGAGGUAAUAUUGGAAUGCUCUAUUACAGCAAUUCCAAAUAAUUAUGCUUCCUGGCUAUUCAAAGGACAAGCUAUAUUAAAAUCUGACAGACAUACAAUAAAUGUAUAUGAAGAUGAUAAGUACAGUGUAAGAUGGAGUAUGAGCAUAAAAUCAUUAAAAACUGAAGACUUUGGCAAGUAUACAUGUGUUGCAGAAAAUCAUCUAGGAAAAGCAGAAGAAAGUAUCAACUUAUAUGAGCUACAUCGUUCAUGUGAUAUGAUGGCUGUACAGACUUGUAUGAUGCCAGUCGCUCGAAUCAAUCCAGGAAAUGUUAAAGAGAUGUGCCAGGUGUAUGAAACCAUGGAAGUAUGUAUCAAGCCUUAUCGUACCAGCUGUAAGGGACAGCUCACCAGUUUAGCAUCUCUAAAGGAUAUGUACAAUUCUAUGUGUAAAAGUAAAUGUGACAUGGUUGAAUUGUCAAAAUGUAUGGAACCAAUGAUUAAGUUAGAAGGGAAUUCUAUGCUACAGAUUUGCAAAAAAUUUGCUGAACUGAAGACAUGUAUUGGGCCUUAUUGGAAUGACUGUAAAGAAUCUACGGAAAUAAAAAGUGUAUCCAAUGUGUUAGACUCCUAUAACACUCUAUGUCCUGAGAAAAAAGCAUCUAAAAAGGAAAUAUGUACCAAGCUGUUUAGACCAAAUUUUAAUACCAGUGCAAGUGUAUUACCUGGUGACAGGAUGACCGCAUCCAAUACGGGAGAUGUGGAUGACUGUGCUAGGGCAUGUAAUAAAGAAAAUAAGUGUCUUGGAUUUAAUUAUCAUAUUCAUGGAACCUGUGAACUAUUUUUCAAGAAUUACCUGACUGCUAAGAAAGAUGGAGUGGACUACUACGAGCGACAGUGCUACACAGAUGACAGUAAAGAUAUUAUAAAAUCUACCCAUGUUGCUAAAGUGAAGAUCAGUAUUCCUAUAACUGCUAACAUGGGUCCUAAAUCUGAGUUGUUGAUAUACUAUGUCAGAGAAGAUGACGAAACAGUAGCUGCUACAUUAGAAUUCAGUGUGGAGAAUUGUUUUGAUAACAAGGUAGAGAUGAAGUUUGACCAGGAUACAGUUUACCCUGGAAAUGAAGUGAAUAUUAACUUAAAGGCUGCUCCUGGUUCCCUCUGCUCUGUUGGUGUAGUGGACAAAAGUAUUAAUUUACUGGCAGGAAACCAUCAAAUUACCCCAGAUCAGAUUUUUGGUAGAUUUAAGGAACCCAACAUAUACACAUCUUACUGGCAGGAUGAUAAAAAAUACUGCGAUGAGAAGACACAUUAUGAUGAAAGUUUAUAUCAAGGCGAUAUGUACAGUUACAACUACAGAAGUUAUGAGUCAGACAGCGUGGAUGCUAUUCAGGCCUUCAGGAAAAUGAAUUUAGUGGUAUUUACAGACCUAACAUUACAGACAAGACCAUGUAAAGUGCAGAUACACAGACCUGUGUACUUUUAUGGUCCAGUCCCUGGUCCACGAGGUUCUAAUCCAUUAGAAGGGGGUAUUGGUCUUGGAGGGGCAAAACUGCCGAUAUCCAAUGGCCAAGGGGUUGAAAAAAAACCACUGUCGCAACAAAAACAAAUUGGACUGAGAAAGAACUUCCCUGAGACUUGGUUAUGGAAUAUUUAUGUGAUAGGAGAUGAUGGAGAAGUGAAUGUUACAUCAACUAUUCCCCACACAAUCACAGAGUGGGUUGGCAAUUCCCUAUGUACAAACUUGGAUGUAGGAGUGGGUGUGUCUUCAGUGACUGGUAUAACAGCUUUUCAACCUUUCUUUUUGUCUUUUACUCUUCCUUACUCAGCUAUUAGAGGAGAGACUGUACCAAUUUUGGUUUCCAUCUUCAACUACAUGACAGAAUGUUUAGUGAUGCAAGUAGCAUUGCCGACAUCAAAAGACUUUGGUAUUAAAGGAGGAGCCAACAGAGUAUAUACUAGAUGUGUUUGUCCUGGAGAGACCCGUACCAUCAAAUACCAUGUAAUACCAUACACCCUCGGCAAGAUUAAAGUACUGGCCACUGCUGAGUCUAUCCCAGAUGAUGGUACAUGUGGAAACAAUUCAGUCAGUGUAGAUGGUACUGGAGCAAAUGAUGCUGUACAAAGAGAAUUAUUGAUAGAAGCAGAAGGAAUAGAGAAAGAGUACACUGCUACAUCAUAUAUCUGUCCUGAAGGAGCUGAAGUUACAGAAUCAAUGUUACUGCCACUGCCAUCUACUGACCUGGUGGAGGAUUCAGCUAGAGGAUACAUUAAUAUCAUUGGUGAUAUUAUGGGACCAGCUUUAUCCAAUCUGAAAGAUCUACUACAAAUGCCUUAUGGAUGUGGAGAGCAAAACAUGGCUUCUUUCUCACCUAAUAUCUUUGCUUUACAAUACCUGGGUAAUACCAACCAGCUUUUACCAAAAAUAGAAGACGAAGCCAAAGGAUACAUGAGAAUAGGAUAUCAAAGACAGUUGAAAUAUCGUCAUGACGAUGGCUCUUACAGUGCUUUUGGUGGUACAGGAUCAGGCAGUAUAUGGUUGACGUCCUUUGUUGUUAAAUGUUUGGGACAGUCACGACCUUACAUCAGUAUAGAUGCUGAUGAUUUGAAUAAGAGUAUCACCUGGUUUAGACGCCAGCAGUUAGAAAAUGGCUGUUUCCCUAAGAUUGGUUACACUCAUAGUUAUUACUUGAAGGGAGGAUUUUCUGACAGGAGUAAUGAAGCAUCUUUGACUGCUUUUGUACUUAUAGCUAUGCUGGAAGCUGGAAUUCCUUCAUCAGAUCCAUCAGUAAUUAAGGCAGUAAGAUGUUUAGAUGUACAGGAUAUACCAGAUACUUAUACUAUGGCCAUAAUGGCCUAUGCUUAUACAUUAUAUGACUUGAGACAUCUUAGGAGACAACAGGUCAUUAAAAUGUUGGAUGAGAGAGCCACAGUAAAAGAUGGUAUGAAAUACUGGAGCCGUACAGAGAAGAAGGAAGAUGCUAAAAAGAAACAGAAAUGGUACUAUACAGCUGUGUCAGCAGAGGUUGAAAUGACAGCAUAUGCCCUACUGGCUCAUGUCACUGGAGAACAACAGAAUGCUGCUACUAAUGCCAGACCUAUGGUCAUGUGGUUAACAAAACAAAGGAAUCCAAGAGGGGGAUUCUCCUCAACACAGGACACUAUUGUAGCAUUACAGGCUUUGGCUAGAUAUGCCACAUUAGUAUACCAAGGUGGUGUAAAUGUUUCCAUAGAAAUGAUGGAGAAAAACAAGAAAAACCCUGACAGAACUACAACAUUUAGUAUUGAUGAUGACAACACACUAGUCCUGCAAUCAGAACGAAUCAGUAUCCUACCAAGUACUCUCGAGGCAAAAGUAUCUGGAGUUGGAUGUGCUAUGGUUCAGGCUAACGUGAAGUACAAUGUAUAUGAGACUCCUACCAGUCCGACCUUUGACAUGAAGGUCAGUGUGUACAGAGCUAAAGACCACGCCAACCAAUGUAGUAGAAGAACACUCAGUAUCUGUGUUAAAUUUACAGGACCUGGUGGUGUCAGUAAUAUGGCUAUAGUUGAUGUGAAAAUGGUCACUGGUUGGGUCCCAGUUAAAGAUUCUCUGAAAAAGCUAAUUGUGGAGAAAAAUGACCCAACUUACAUAGGUGUAGAGAAAUAUGAAGUGGAUGGUAGUUAUGUACACAUAUACUUUGAUCAGUUGGACAGUACAAGAAAAUGUUUCUUGGUAGAUGUUGAACAGAAUAUAGAACUAUCCGCUCCUAAACCUGCACAAGUUAAAGUGUAUGAUUACUAUGAAACAGAUUUUACCUUGAUAGUCAAUUACAAGAUAAAAACAACAUGUGGAACCAAAGAAGAACUGCCAUACAUAAGUGCUGAACAGUAUUAUAAUGGUAUACUUGUCAAUCUUCCUGUAGAUGAAAUCGUUCAAGUCCGAGUUCCUCCAAGAUUAGAGGGAAGUGGACUAUUUAGACCUAUUUCUCAGCAGCAAACUUGUCCAAUGUGUUACAAAAGCGUGGACACCACAAGUAAAAUCUUCAAGUCAAUGGUUUGUGGAUCAAAGAAAAUAUACAAGGUACAAACAGGUCGGAGAGGAAAAUAUACAUUGAAGAUGUAUGCCAAUGUCAGGACAAAGAAGAAGGAAGUAGUUAAUAAGUUUGUAAAGAAGAACUAUAACUCAGAUUGUACCUGUGACUUAAUGAAUGGUCAAAAAGGUAAAGUUCUGGUAUUUUCAGAAAGAGACACCUUGGAUACUAAAACAAGAACAUUAACAAUAAAUGGCUCUAGCAAAAUAGUCAAAGUCAGCAAAGCUUUAGAGAAGGCAGUUUGGCGUCUUGUUAGAAAAAAAAGAUGUCGAUAAAUAAUCAAAUUCUGCCAGUCAGUAUUGUAUUUUUAUACUCUUUAUUUUUUAAGAAGAAAAUGAUAUUUUUGUAUUUUAUAUAUUUUUUUUAUAAUCAUUGUACAUUAAGAAAUCCAUUUUAAAAAGUUUGUCGUGUAGCAAAUGAACGGGUUGUUCUUUUUCCACCUGUCUCUCUUAUUUGUCGCUAGUACUUAUAUAAACAGUUACAAGUAUAUUUUUAUCAAUUAUUGAAUAACAUUUUAAACAUACAUUUUUAAGGGGUUGUAAACAUUUUGUAUAUGUCUUUUUUUUUAAUCUUUUUUAAAUAUCUAGUUAAAUUUUAUGAUUUUAAAUUCCAUUUUAUAUGACUUACAAGAAAAUUUUAAUUAUUCAUUUCUAUUAGAUCAAUUUCUAGAUAAUUUUUUGAGAAUUUCUUAUAUGACCAAAAUUGUGGUAUUAAUGAUAUUGAUAUUUUAAUUUUUGUUAUCUCAUUUCUCUGUGCAGAUUAUCAUGUUUGUAAAAUAUCUAGUAAUAUUGAAUGAUUUUUAUAAAUACAUUUUUCUAGUCGCAUAAUAGCUAGUCAAAAUUUAGCAUUGUUUACAAAAAAUACUCAAGUUUUCAAAUAAACUUUUUUCUCAAUAUAUUAUGCAUCUCACAACAAAAGUUAUGUACCACUGCCAUUCUUUCCUCUAAAUAUCAGUAGAAUAUCAUAUAGUUGAGCCAAGGAAUGUAAACAACAAACAUGUCAAUACAACAUGGGUACAUUUAUGAAAAUAAUUUGGUUUUAUUUUGGUAGUAUGUACUAUAUAUAUAUAUAUAUAUGAUAAAUAUGACUACUUAGAUAAAAAACUAGUAUUCCCAUGUAAAGAUUGUCAUGUCAUGAUGGAUGUCUGUACAAUUCUCAUGUAUAUCAUUAACAGCAAUUGAACAAACAAAAACAACCAAAUGAUAUAUAAUUUUCAUUAAAUUAGUGAAUCUC